AACUGCGGGUGUGUUUACCAGUGCGGGUGUGGCUUCCAGGCGAGUGUUGUGUUGACAGUUCACACGCUCGCCCGGCUUGUGAGUCAUCGGUUUAGGGGGCAGAGUCGCCAGCAGGACUCGAGUACCCGGGCUGAAAUCUUCACCCAACGCAUCUUCCGCACGGCGAAUGCGAGAACAGCCAACAUGUCUGAUAUCGACUUUCAUCAUAUCGUCGUGACUGACGACACAGCAGCUGGAGUGAAUCCAUCGGAACUGCAGCCGAUCCUGCAGAAACUGAGAACGGCCCUCUGCAUCCGUGAGAAAUACAUGCGGCGUUCCCUCCAGCGAUUCCCGCAGACCACCUCAGAGGUGCUGAGGCAGGUCAGUGGGGAAACAUGGAAUCCCGAAGAAAUUGUGUACCCAGACUUCACCUGCUAUCCAGCGGAUAUAGCGGAAGCUCUCAGCCUGGAGUCAAUCCCCGAGGACUGGUCCUACGUCCUCAGCCUGAAGGACGGGGUCUUCACCCUGACGGAUAGCUCUGGGGACCCCAUCCCCUUCAUCUGCUCCACCAGCCACGCCGAGUACUCAAGGGACAUGAAGACCCUGCUGGGGAUCAUCGCCGACGGGCCGCUGCGGACUUACUGUAACCAACGCCUGAAGAUGUUGGUAUCCCGUUUCCACCUUCACCAGCUGGCCAAUGAGAAGAGGGAGUUCAUUGACCUCCAGGUGGCCUCCCACAGUGACUUCUACAACGUGGCCAAGGUCGACACGCACAUCCACGCAGCGGCCUGUAUGAAUCAGCACUCCCUCCUGCGUUUCAUCCGCCACACGUACACGCGAGACCAGGACAGGGAGGUUCACCGAUCCCAGGACGGGACCUUCACCCUGGGGCAGCUAUUCCAGAGGCUGGGCCUCGACCCCAACCACCUCGACAUCGACGCACUCAACGUGCACGCGGACCGAGAGACCUUCCAGAGGUUCGAUCGCUUCAACGCCAAGUACAACCCGCUGGGAGCGAGCGAGCUGCGGAAGUUGUACCUCAAGACCAACAACGACAUCAACGGAGAAUAUUUUGCCGGACUGAUAAAGGAAUACGCUGAUUCAAUGGAUGACACCUCGAACCAGUUUGCCGAGUUGAGGAUCUCGAUUUACGGCAACAGUCCCGGCGAGUGGGACCAGCUCGCCUCCUGGUUUUACGACCAGCAAGUCUGCUCGCGCAAGAUCCGCUGGAUGAUUCAGGUUCCCCGGAUCUAUAACGUGUUUUACAAGCUUGGGAAGGUACAGUGUUUCGCUGAGGUGCUCGACAACUUGUUCCGGCCCAUCUUUGAAGCCACCCUCUACCCGAACAAGCACAAGAAACUGCAUCUGUUCUUCAAAUAUAUUACAGCCUUCGACAGUGUGGACGAUGAAUCGAAGACGGACGAGGGCUUCUUCCCCGAGCUCCCCCAGCCGGAGGAAUGGAGCUUGAAGAAAAACCCUCCCUACAGCUACUACCAGUUCUACAUGCUGAGUAACAUUAGCAUCCUCAACCAGCUGCGCAGACAGCGCAACAUGAACACCUUCCUGUAUCGGCCUCACUGUGGGGAGGCCGGCUCCCACACACACCUGGUCGAUGGAUUCCUGACAGCCGACAACAUUUCCCACGGACUGCGCCUCAAAAAGGACCCUGCCCUCCAGUAUCUCUACUACCUGGCACAGGUGCCCAUUGCCAUGUCUCCGCUCAGCAACAACAGCCUGUUCCUCGAGUACAGCCAGAGUCCCUUCCUCCAAUUCUUCCAGACCGGCCUCCAGGUCUCACUCUCCACCGAUGACCCUCUGCAGUUUCACUACACCAAGGAGGCGCUGAUCGAGGAGUACGCGGUGGCCGCCCAGUUCUGGAAGCUGAGCACCUGCGACAUGUGCGAGAUCGCGCGGAAUAGCGUCCUGCAGAGCGGGCUCGCCCACCGGGAGAAGCAGACGUUUCUGGGCGACAAUUACCUGACGGAAGGGCCCACCGGCAACGACAUGCUCCGGUCCAACGUCUCCCAGAUCCGGGUGGCUUUCCGGUUUGAGACCUGGACCCACGAGCUCAAGAUCCUGGUGCAGGGGGCCUGAGAGAGCCAACUCCCCCCCCCCCACUCGUCUCCGUGACCCCCAUCCUCGUGAACCCCCCUCCCUCGGCAACACAUGUACAAUUCUCAUGGUCAUCUCUGUUUCAAUGUUGGGACGCAGAACUUAAAAAAAACCACAGAGUCCUUCCCGCUGUCACUCUCCCUCAGUCCCACCCUCUCUCCCACUCUUUCUAUCCCUAUCCCUCCCUGCUCUCUCCCACUCACCUCUCCUCUCCUUCUCUCCCUCUCUCUCUCUCUCUUCUCUCUCUAACUCUUUCUCUGUUUUCUAUCUCUCCCUUUCCCUAUCUCUCUCUCUACUCCUUCUCUCUCCCUAGAUCUCUUUUUCUCCUUCUCCCUAUCUCUUUCUUCUCUCUGUCCCUGUCGCUUUAUCUCUCUUCUCUCUUCUCUUUCUCCCAUAUUUUCUCUCUCUCUCUCUUUCCCCCUCACCCUCUUUCUCCCAUAUUUCUCUCUCUCAUUCCACUGCUCUCCCCUUCUCUAUUUCUCCCUCUCUCUCUCAUUCCACCCUCCCCACUCUCUCUCUCACUUCACUCUUCUUCCCUUCUCACUCUCUCUCAUUCCCCCCUCACCCUCUCUCUUUCUCUCAUCUCUCUCUCUCUCUCUCUCUCUCUCUCUCUCUCCUCUCUCCCUUCUCUUCCAUGGGAGGAGAAGAUUGUGGCACGACGCAGUGCGCACAGAUACCCCAAAAUGAUAUCGUAUUUGUGAAGUAGGAGCCGUGCACAAUCCUGAUUUGAUGGAGACGGACAUGUGAAGCACGGAGGAACAUCUGGAGAAACUUCUGAAAUGCCCGCUUCGCUGCCGCUGCUGCUGUGCGAUCGAGAAUCUGCGGAGGGGAAGGCCCCAAAUCCUCAGCUUUGCCUAUUGCCUGUUGCCGGGUCCGGGGUUGAUGCGCUCGGCAGAGAUGGUGCUCGGUGUCGAAGGCUUGAAGUUUUCAGACAGACUCAAGAGUCGGACUGUGGUCGGAUGCUUCCAGGGUGCUGCAUCUGCAAAUUUGCGGUGCUGGAAGCUCAUGGCAGGGAGAGUUUUCUUCCUUCUACCGUCUGCGUGAGAUGAUGGGACUUUCGAGACUUUGAGACUUUUUUUUACCGUGUCCAUGGUCUGCUCUUUAUCAAACUACGGUAUUGCUUUGCACUGCUGUAACUAUAUGUUAUAAUUAUGUGGUUUUCGUCAGCUUUUUUAAUCUUGGUUUGUCUUGUAUUUCUGUGAUAUCAUUCCGGAGAAACUUAUCAUUUCUUAAAACAUGCAUUACUAAAUGACAAUAAAAGAGGACUGUGUGUCCUCAUAAUCUAAUCUAAUCUAAUCUCUAUCUCUAUCUUUCCCUCUCUCAUUCCCUC